UGCAGAAUUGCCGAGCGCACCAAUCACAUGCUGUAAACCACACGGGUUAUUUUGUUUACAGACGUCUUUAAUGGUAGUUCGCUCUGGAAAAUUUACAACAUGGCAGCGCUCGUAAACAGCAGUUUAAUAAAGGUGGUCAGGAGAUGUAUUUUAGAUUCUCGGUUCCAGUCGCGGCUUUUUCCUUUACGAACCCUCACUAACAGUGGAAGAGAUCAGGGCACUGCAGGAAGCGGCUUGUGUAAUGACUCCAGCCGAGCAGGCCUGUUCAGAACAGCCUGCGCUGUUGCUUUGGGCAUCGGCGGAACAGCUUUGCUUUAUUCCAGCCUACAGGGAGGGGAACAGCCGCCGCUGGAGAAAAUUACUGCAGAAGGCGGUGCGAGCGGUUCAGUAUUGGGACACUUGUUUCCGACAGUCUGUUGUGCUUCACCGUUCAAACCAGACAGCCCCCGCUUCAAAUACAACUUUAUUGCCGACGUCGUGGAAAAAUCCGCACCCGCUGUUGUGUACAUUGAGAUUAUUGGAAGGCAUCCAUUUUCAGGCCGGGAGGUUCCAAUUUCGAACGGCUCUGGGUUUAUCAUCAGUCAGGAUGGGCUGAUUAUUACAAACGCUCACGUGGUGGCUAACAAACGAGGAGUAAGAGUGAAGCUGGCCAACGGAGAUGCAUAUAAUGCAGUGGUUCAGGAUGUGGACCAAGUAGCGGAUAUAGCCACCAUUAAAAUUAAUGCCAAGCACCCUCUCCCAACCCUUUCUCUGGGCCGCUCUUCAGAUGUCCGGCAGGGUGAAUUUGUGGUUGCCAUGGGGAGCCCCUUUGCCUUGCGCAACACCAUCACCUCUGGGAUUGUCAGCUCAGUGCAGCGAGGAGGACGGGAGCUUGGCCUCUCCAACUUCAACAUGGACUACAUUCAGACUGACGCCGCUAUUGAUUUCGGGAACUCAGGUGGACCACUUAUAAAUCUGGACGGUGAAGUGAUUGGUAUCAACACCAUGAAAGUGACGGCAGGUAUCUCCUUUGCUAUUCCUUCAGACCAUAUCCAGCAAUUCCUCACCAGUGCACAGGAGAAGAAAAAAUCUUGGUUUGGUGGAUCAGAAACUAAAAGACGCUAUGUUGGUGUAAUGAUGCUUACGCUUACUCCCAGUAUCAUUGCACAGUUGAAGCUUCGUGACCCCAGCUUCCCGGAUGUGACCCACGGUGUGCUGAUUCACAAGGUCAUCAUAGGGUCUCCUGCAUACAGAGCUGGAAUGAAAUCUGGAGAUAUCGUCAUUGAGGUCAAUGAACAUACAGUGAAGACAGCUGAAGAAAUCUACAAUGCAGUGCGGACCUGUGACAGUAUUAACAUGGUAGUGAAGCGUGGGCAAGACCUGCUAAUGCUGCGUAUGACACCUGAAAUUACAGAGUGAAGGGUUUCACAGCACUGAAGAGAAACCAAUAUCUCUGCCAUCAAUCGUGCUUGCUGAAAUGGUUAAAUCAGGAUAGGUCCAGGGUAAUAGCAAGUCUCAGGCCUCAUCUAAGGGGAUAUAUUUAUAAUAAUGAGUUUGAAUGUAAGAGAGAAUGAUGUACGUGGGUUUGGGUCAUACAGUAUUUUUAUUGAUGCCCUCAGUGAAGGGUAAAAAAAAACACUUAAUGCAUUAGGUCAUGGUGUAGUUUGUUAAUGCAAGUGUAAUGUGUGUUGUCAGCCAACAUUUAGAGACAAAGCGAUUCAUGUUGUACUCUUCACUAUUGCAAUAACCAGCAUCUGAUCAAUAAUAAUGAUAAUGAUAUUGCAACAGUAAAUAAAUCAUUGAAUCAGAACCGUCAUUAUUUAUAGUGGUUUCUGCCCAUGCUGAACAGCAAGAGGGAAGAGGAUGUAUAAAUCAACUGAGCAUCUCAAAAUAGAUUGGAGUCUGUAAAUUGUGAGCAAUUCAACAGCAGUAACAGGAACGUUACGUUUAUUACAUAGUUUGUCCACCGUUGGGGCUGAUUGAAAAACUGUCGUCUGCUUCACUUCUCAAACAAUAAAUGGAACGAUUGCUGUAAUUACUUUUGGCGGACAACAGCAUACGUGGGUAAUAUGGAUGGGGAUGUUUGUACUGUAGCAUUAGGGUUAUUAUGCUGCAUGUGAAACCAAGGAGAGGGUUUACCAAAGCAAGGCAUUGAGAAGAACAGAGCUGAAAACAAGUCGGAAGAGAAUGUCAUCGUGAGGAGCCCAAACAUUACUUUGGAAAAAAUGAAGAUGCGAUGAACAGUUGAAAGGGCAAAGUGAAUGAGCCCAGUCUGAAGCAGUUUGUAGCGGCUUUUCUACUAGAUGUACUUUACUCGCUAAGGGCCCAAUUGAAUGAACUUUUAGCUGGUAAAAUAAGGAUUUUAGCUAAAUACAAAACCUUGUUAUGCAUUUCCUCAUUAAAACUGGUUAUUGAAAGUGAUGAAACCACUAAAUAUAAUUCAGCAGAAAUCACUGAAUAAGCUAGAGAUGUUUACAUAUUUUGGUGUUUUUAUUUUUAAAUUAUGAUAUUUUGUAAUAUUCAGACAUGUACUAUAUGUUUACAGUUUGUAAGGGUUCUCCUUGAACACCAGACCAUAAGUUGUGUCUACUCACUAAUACAUUUGAAUUACAGAGUGAUUGCAUUAUUAAUCCAUAUUGUCUCUGUUUUUUAACAAUUUUAUGUUAGCCAUUCAAUAAUUACUGGCAAAUCAUACCAAUGUAACAAAGUCAGUAUUGCAAAGUGGGACAUAAUACCAGUGAAUUGUGGAUAAGAGAAUACGUAUAUAGUCUUCAGGGUCAUUAAAAAGUCUGCCAGUUAAAUUCUGUAACUUACAGAAUCUCUGUUGCAAGCCUGAUGUGAGUGUUUCCAUAUAAAUUCCAUUAUGAAAUCAAACUGCGAGUGUUUUUUUGAAAAAUCGCGAUAAUAAACGGGGUAUGAUAUUAAGUGAGGUGAUAUAAAAACAGGUUAAUCUAUUAAUUAAUUUGUCUAGUUUCCUUUCCAAUGUAGAAACCAAACUUUCUGUCUGUCAAUGUGAUUAACACAUAAAUAAAACUGUAAUUUUUAACAA